GCUGCCAAAUUCUCUCAGUGUGGGAUGAGACCAAGCUGAGUUCCUGAAACCAAGGACCCUGCACACCACCAUGGCUACUAAGCCGGCAUAUAUCGCUGCAGAUGUAGUAGAGAAGUACUUAGACUAUCCAACUCUGAUCCCACUGCUAGAGAGGGCACUCAUUAAUUUCUCCAGUGGCAGGGAAGGUGGUGUUGUCCAACCAAUCCGGACCAUUGUUCCAGUGAGUAAGCACAAGGGUUUUUUAGGUGUGAUGCCUGCUUAUAGCGCAGCAGAUGAUGCUUUAACCACUAAAGUGGUGACUUUCUAUGAAAAUAAAACCAGUGGACCUCCUUCCCAUCAAGCAACUGUUCUUUUAUUUGACCCAACCAAUGGAAUUCUGAAGGCAGUAAUUGAUGGAAAAGUAAUCACAGAUAAGAGAACGGCGGCAGUUUCCUCAAUCGCAACAAAGCUGCUCAAGUCACCGCAUGCUGAAGUUAUGUGUAUUCUGGGAUCAGGCGCACAAGCACUGAGCCAUUACCAGGCUUUUACACAACAGUUCUCAUUCACAGAGAUUAGGAUUUGGAGCCGCACAAGAGAGAAUGCUGAAAGGUUUGCAGAGGCAGUGGGAGGUAAAAUACGUAUCUGCUCAACACCACAAGAAGCAGUGACUGACGCUGAUGUAAUUGUAACAGCUACAAUGUCCACAAAACCUGUGUUGUUUGGAGAUUGGGUCAAGCCUGGGGCCCACAUAAAUGCUAUAGGAGCUUGCCGUCCUGAUUGGAGGGAGCUGGAUGACACUCUGAUGAAAAAUAGUGUUCUCUAUGUUGAUUCCAAAGAGGCAGCUGCGAAGGAAUCCGGAGACAUUGUUAUAUCACAGGCAGCUAUAAAAGCUGAGAUUGGAGAAUUACUGAAAGGAACCCAGCCUGCUCUGUCGGAUAAAACAACUAUUUUUAAAUCAGUUGGUAUGGCAAUCGAAGACACUGUUUCUGCAAAACUUGUAUAUGAUUCUUGGACAAAAAAUAAUGAGAAUUAAUAAAGAUUCAAUUAAUUUAGCACUCUUCAAGCUAGUAAAAAUUAACGCAAAGGUUAGAAAAUGACAUGUGAUUUAAACAGCAAUUGCCCCAUUAAUUUUUUAACGAUCUCUUUUUUUCACGCAAUAAACCUUUCCCUGUUUCUUAUUUAAUGAUGUACAAGACAAAUAUAUAGCGAACUGCAUAUCAAAAAGAUAUCUAAUUUUCUUUUAUUAAAUAAAUACUUUUAAAUAGUUUUGUA